AUGAUUGGCAGCUACGUCCGCACGGUGAAGCGGAAGCCGUUGACGGUGCUUGUGCCGCUAGCGGUGCUUGCGCUCGUAUAUUUGGCCUUGUUCCGUCCCGGAGCCGCCGGCGCCGGAAGCGCCACCACCAGCUACGCCUACCCCAACCCGAAAAAGCUGAAGUGGCUCAAGAGCGAUAUCUUGAAGAACGCUCCUGGGAUCAACCACUACGAUUUGAAUAAGUUGACCACGAGCGCCGACGCGUUGAUCAAUAAAGAAGAGGUGCUUGUGCUCACGCCGAUGCUGAGAUUUACCCCUGAAUACUGGGAUAAUUUGAAUAAGCUUACCUACGAUCACUCUCUUGUGCUGUUGGGUUUCAUUUUACCGAGAAACGAAGACGGUGACGCCGCUUUAAAGCAGCUUGAGGCCGCCAUUAAGCAGUUGGAGCGCGACGGCAAGCUUUCGUGGAAGAAAAUCACCAUUUUGCGCCAGGAUACCGACCUGUUACCUUCGCAAGACGAACAGGAACGCCACGCGCUUGCCGUGCAGAAGAAGCGCCGGCUGAUGAUGGCGUUGGCCCGCAACUCGUUGCUUUUCACCACGAUCAGCCCGAAGACGCUGUGGGUGUUGUGGCUUGACGCCGACAUUGUCGAGACCCCCAAGACGCUCAUGCAGGACUUAAUCCGCCACAACAAGCCCGUGGUGCUGGCCAACGUGUGGCAACGUUAUUUCAACGAUGAACACCAAAAGGAAGAGAUUCGUCCCUAUGACUUUAACAAUUGGAUCGAGCUGGACGAAGGGCUCAAGAUCGCCGAAUCCUUAGGUAAAGACGAUAUCAUCGUCGAAGGCUACGCCGAAAUGGCCACCUACCGUCCGUUGAUGGCUCACUUCUACGAUGCCAACGGCGACCCCGCCACCGAGAUGGAAUUGGACGGGGUUGGUGGCGGUGCCGUCAUGGUUAAAGGCGACGUCCACCGCGACGGGGCCAUGUUCCCCAGUUUCCCCUUCUACCACUUGAUUGAGACGGAAGGGUUCGCCAAGAUGGCCAAGCGGUUGGGCUACCAGGUGUACGGGUUGCCCAACUACUUGGUGUUCCACAAGAACGAGUAG